GCCUGUUGGCGUCGCCUUGCAGGUUCCGAUCGAGGCCAAUGCCACGGUCAAAACCAAGGUGACCGUAGGGCGGCGCGGCAAUAUAAGCGGCAGCCCACGCCACACGCGCCAGGCACGAGCCAACCACCCGCCCCGUCUCCUCCUCCGGUCUGUUUGUAAGCCAUGGCCAUGGAGGAAGGAUCAAGAGGAGGAGAGGAAGAAGCUGCUGCCGUGGGCACGUUGGCUGAUGCCGCUACAGCUGCCGUUGCGGACGCCGUCGUCGUCCCGGGGCCAAACGACGACGACGACGACGGGAAGGAGGCGGUCGAGGGGAGAAGGCCGGCGCCGGCGGCCUCUGCCGCUUACGCGGCCGUGGUGAUCGGGGGCACCUUUGACCGGCUGCACCAGGGCCACCAUCUCUUCUUGAAGGUGGCGGCGGAGCUGGCGAGGGAGAAGAUCGUGAUCGGCGUCUGCGACGGCCCGAUGCUCGCCAAGAAACAGUAUGCCUACCUGAUACAACCAAUCGAGAAGCGGAUGAAAAAUGUCAAGGAUUAUAUUAAGUCUAUCAAGCCUGAUCUUGAGGUUCAUGUAGAGCCAAUAGUGGACCCUUACGGCCCCUCCAUUGUUGACGAAGGUCUUGAAGCCAUCAUUGUCAGCAAGGAGACAUUGCCGGGAGGCUUCGCUGUCAACAGAAAGAGGGCAGAGAGAGGCCUCACACAACUGCAGAUUGAAGUAGUAGAACUUGUGCCAGAGGAAACUACAGGGGGCAAGAUCAGCUCAACAGCUUUCAGAAAGUUGGAAGCUGAGAAAGAAUUACAGCAACAGCAAGAGAGACAGCAGCAAACAGCAGCCCAACUGGAGUGCAGAACGUAGCCGUUCAGUUAUUUGGUAUUUCAAGCUCACUGAGCAGAAUAAUAACGCACUACCAAUUGUGAAUUGUAUUUUUCAUUUUUUUUUUCAACAGCUGAGUCUGAGCUACACUCAUCCGAAGGUAGAGUUACAAAUGGGUGCCCCUUAGGUAUCCAU